AUGAUGGAUAUAGUUGAUGCUCUCCAAGAAACAACUAGUAUAAUGGGUGCAAAGCAUUUGAAAUUGCCUUGCCUCCUAUUCCACCCCAAGUGUGCUGCUGGCAAAUACGGCAACUACUAUGAUUUCGAAUUUUACACCUUAUUGAUGACUCGGCCUAAUACCUACUACAUGCGAAAGAAAUACCUUGCUAGAUGUAAUUGCUAUGAGCCCGUCGCACAGAAAUUUAUCAUCAAUGGUCUAUGGCCAAUAUAUAAUGAUUUUAAUGCGCGUCCGAAGUGCGGAUCAGCUUCAAAUGCCCAAAGAGUAUUUGAUGGCGAACAGUUUAAAAUUGCAGAGACAACUUGUGUUGUCAAGAUGAAAGAGUACUGGCCAAAUCCAACAGCGAAGGAUUUGACUGAGAGUAAAUUUUUUUGGGAAAGACAGUGGAAAGAGCAUGACUAUUUCAACUUAGCAUUUAAGUUUUAUGAAGACGUUAAUGUGACAAAGAUGCUUGAGGAUGCUGGAAUUUCAAUUGGGAUGGAUUUUGAUCCUGUCGUGAUCAUUCAAGUGAUAGAGAAGAAGACGAAAAGCUUCCCAAAUAUCAGGUGUUAUAAGGGAAUGUUGUGGGGAGACCGAAUCUGCUUCGGAAAAUAUGGAAUGUUUCGGGACUGUAACAUGAGGAUUGUAUAUCACAAAAUUUCUCUUCCUGCGAUGCCACCUACAAUAAAGGCAGAGAAAUGUGAUGGUGGAGAUGCUAAUGAAGCUGGUAAAACUCCUACUAUAGCUGACUAG